AUGUUCCCCAGAUGCAGCACAAUUGUUCUCUGUACGAGCUCCAGCUGCUGGCCUUUGCUGUCUUCGUCGUCAAUCUUUCUGAGACCUGUUCCAGGCUUUGUUCUGUUGCUUCGUCUUCAACCCUCGGAAGAAGCAGCUCCUCCAGUUGCUUUUGCUUCCUCUGGCGACAGAGCUGUUUCUGCUCCAGAGUGCUUCUCAGAGUCGAGUGCAGUGUCUGUUCAACAAACAAAAAAUUAA